AUUCAGGGUUGUGUUCAAAAAUCUAUCAUCGUAAAGUAACAUUUGUAACGUCAAAUGGAAUGUAAUUUUAGAAUAGAUAGAUCAAAUUACUGUCUCCAGAAGCAGAAGACAGUAGAAUUUAACACAGUGACAUUAUAUCAGAAUAAACAAAAACAAUGGCAUUACAGACAUUAAGUGGAUUGCUUGGUACUGUAAAUCAUUGCAGAAAAGUACCUAAUAGAGGAUUUUUCUAUUGGUUAACAAUAAUAUUUAACAGGGUUGAUCAAGAAAGAAUUCAAUCGGUUGGUCCAGAUCGUGCAUGUGCUGAAUGGCUCUUGAAGAAUGGCGCCAGCGUGAAAUGGAAAAAUUUUUCGAAAUAUUUGGAAGAUUAUAAUAGUUUACCACCGGAAAAAAAUCAGUAUUGCAUUCAAGCUGUAGAUGCUACGGACUCUGGAAUAACUCAUGUAGGAUUUCCGUAUUUCGUUGGUUGCAGGUAUAUUGACGAGAUAAAACUUGUACGUUGUUCUUAUUUGUAUAACACUGCCUUGCCAUUGUUAUCAGUGGUGAAGGAUACUUUGACUACACUUGAAAUCAGAGAUUGUAAGAGUAUAACUGAUCAAGGAAUACGUAGUUUGAAAAAUCUAAAAAAUCUGAAGACUUUGAAGCUUGCUGGGAUGCCAUAUUUGGAAGAUAAAGCUUCGCUCAGGAAAGAACUUACAGAGGCCCUGCCAGAUUGCGCAAUCGAACUCAAAUAAAUUAUAUAAAGCAUCAAUUUUUAAUUGUCUUAAUAUCUAUAUAAAAUAAUAAAAUCUGUAUAAAAAUGUAUAAAAUCUGUAUAAAAUAAUACAUUUCUUAUUAAUAUGU